CAACUUGCUUCUGUUUUAGGAUAACCUGAGUUGAAGUCCUCCAAAAGGUCCUGUCAUUAACAGCCUUGUUCUGAUCUUGUAAACUAAAGCCUUUAGUGUGUAACUCCAUCUAAUGUUAACUCUUCCUUUUUUUCCUAUUGCCUUCAAAUUAUCCUAGGAUUAUUGCCCCUUUUCAGUUGUCUUGUAUUCCUUUCUCCCACCUCCCCACUUUUUUAAAUCUACCAAAAAAAAAAAAAGAUCAAGAAUAUGCAACAAGGCUUAAAAAUGUCUCCUCCUUACGUGUGAAAGAAACAUCAGUAAAGCUAAUCUUUCAAAGGUUUGCAUGAGUUUCGAGAGAGGAGUAUUGAUUAAGGAAAAAGAGAAUGUGACAACAAUUUUGAUACAUUAAUAUAGACAUCCACAUGUGAAAUAAUAAGCCUCUUCUUGAAGAUGAAAGGAGGAGUUAUUUGGAUGCAUCACCUUGGGAAACUGAAACAUUCAUGUGUCAAGACAUGGCUGCAGGAAAUCUGUGAGAAGAAUGGAUGGGAACACAAGCGUUCUCCUAUUAUUUGGAGGGAGCUCUUAGACCGUGGAGGAAAGGGCCUUCUUCUUGGAGGAUUCAAUGAGUUCAUGGAACAUAUUCAGCAGUACUAUGACGUCACAUCAAUCAUGAAGACAGCAGAGAUGCUCCUAAUAGCUAAGGAGAACCUGCAGACACACAUAGAAAUUGAGACAGAAGAGGAAGAACAGAAAAGUCUUAUUAACCCCCUGCACAUUUGGAUCAAUAGUGCAUCCGAUCAUGUCUGCUAUCACUUGAUCCCUCUGUUAACCAAUGGAGAAAUAUUUGGUAUGGAUACUGAGAUCAGCCUCCACUUGUUUGACAGAAGCAGCUGCAAAGAAGUUCUUGAGGGCGUAGUCAUGGAAACAGAGGACUUAGCCUCCCCAGUCCUUCGUAGUGUCUCCUUGCACAUUGAACUGGACGGGGCUUUUCUUGAUGGUGAUGUUAUAAUUUUACUUGAUGACGUCCUUCAGGAGACAAUCCCAACGCUUGAAGACUGCAUCCGACAAGUGGCCAGGCAAUGUGAAAUCUACGGUCCUUUGAUAGAAAAAAAUGCCAAAAGCAGUGUCCGAAUUGUAGUUAUGGGGAAGACAUUUGCCAACCUUAAGGCAUUAAUGCUGAUGACACAUGCUCCAUCCCUUAACCCUCGAAAUAUUGUUACUCUUUCCACUCUCUUGGAAAGUGAAGCAAAAGCCAUGUUAGCAAGAAAAUUACAAAUGCAUCCAGCAGGAAUAAAAAAUCUUAUAGUAUGGGGUAAUGUCACUGGGAGCAGCUUCAUUGAUCUGAGUAAAACAGAACUCUAUAGAUACGAUAGCGCCAUCUGGGGCCCGCCAAGCUUCUUCCGUCCUUUACUGAAUGUGCUGUUUGAUCGUGUGUGGAUGCGUACGGAAUUUCUGAUAGCACUGAGUUCUCUGACUUCUUGGGGAACUCAUUGCUUAGGCUUGGCUCCUGCACACACCAUCGCUACUCUGCUGAAGUCCUGGUACCAGGACUCCCCACCAGGAGAAAUAAUCUCUCUAGGAGUAAUUGGUGAAGGCCAAUUUGGGCUUCCUGAAGGAAUUGUCUAUUCCAUGCCUGUAAAAUUCAAAAAUGGCAACUGGAUUGUCUGUACAGAACUAGAGAUUAGUGAGAAGAAUCAAGAGUAUCUUCAGAUACUAGCCUGGGACCUAAUUCGGGAAAAGCAAGUUGCAUUAGGUGAAGUGAAAGAAUUGUACCCACAGAGGCGAGAACUUCGUAAGAUAUAUACUGAUAUUACGGAAGAAGAAGAAGAAAUCAUUGAACCCCAAGAUGAUAUCAGACUUUCAUCAAGUGGCCAGAUCUUAGCAUUAGAAAGUGAAGACCAGGCUGCUGCUGAAGAGACUGAAGAAUCAAAGAGUCUAGAAGAUGAAAAUUUUGAUGAACUCACUGAUGAAAAAUUUGAAGAACCUGCAGAUGGUCUUGAAAUUUGAGCUGAUGACUUCCUUUAAGCAGAAGUGAAUUUGAGCAACAGAGAAGGAAGUUCAG